AUGUGGAUUUGCUCAAAGUCAAGAGGCAUAUGAUGUUGCAGUGAAUGGUUUGUUCAGUACAUUGGAUAGGAUUGAUGAUCACUUGGGUGGUUCGCGGUACUUGUGUGGAGACAGAUUGACUCUUGCGGAUAUUUGCUUGUUUACUACAUUGAUUAGGUUUGAUCUUGUCUACAAUGUUUUGUUCAAAUGCACCAAGAAGAAGCUGCUUGAGUUUACCAAUCUUCAUGCUUACAUGCGUGAUAUUUAUCAGAUUCCAAAGGUUGCUGCCACUUGUAAUUUUCCAGCGAUCAUGGAUGGUUAUUACCAGAUACUUUUUCCAUUAAAUCCUGGCAGCAUUCGACCUGUUAUGCCCGUAGGAUGUGAGCACGAAUUCCUCUCAAGACCUCACAAUAGGGAAUCGAUGUCUUCAGCAGGUAAAAGCGUGCAGCAUGUUUUAUGAGUGGCCUCCCAACACAUGUAGUGUUGUAUAACAUGUUAAGUAAAUAAUAAUCAUCACCAUACUUGUUAAAUAAAAAUGCAUUGUAAUUGUCAAUUCAA